AUGCCUGGCAUCGAUCAGUCUGCACGACGUGGGCUGGACGAUGCUGAGUCAGGACAAGCAGCCAUGGCGCGGCAAAAGAACGCGCCACCUGAAACAGGCAACUUCAGCUACAGCUCCAAGCCCAGGGCGGCGAGUGCCAAAGAGCGCGCGCAGCCGGAACAGCCUUUGCCACCCCCGCCUCCACCCGAGCCCCGCAAAGUUACAAUGGAGGAGGCUCAACGUGGAGUGUAUGUGCCAGGUGAGAUCGAGCCUUCGCAAACCAGAAUGUACAACCCUCUCUUCCACAUAUGA